CUGGUACAUUUCUGUACAUUUCUGUGCUGGGGCUGGUCAGCUACAUUAUCCUGAAAUCCCUCUCCCUUCCCCUGCCCUCUCUCUCCCUGGUUCCAGCCCUGACCCAGGCAGCAGAGUCCAUUUGGGAGCCUGGAAGACAAAGCCUUGUAGGGUCUGUGGCAAUCACCGCCGCCCUGCGUCAGGCCCGCCCCUGAGCCCCGGCUGGCCCCACCCCCCCACCUCAGCCUUUCUGGUCUUUCCCACCCUCCGUCUCCUAUGCCUCUGAAUCCUGGGAACCUAAACCAGAGUCCAGGAGGCCCCAAGAGCGAACCUCUUCUGUGACCGGAGAAUAUACUUCUUCACUCCGGUUCAACCCUCUGUCCCUCCGUUCACAAGACCAUGAACCAGAAGACAACCCUGGUCCUCCUCGCUCUGGCGGUCAUCACCAUCUUUUCAUUGGUGUGCGUCUUGCUGGCUGGCAGGGGGGGAGAUGGGGGUGAACCCAGCGUGCCUCCUCGCUGCCCGUCCAUAUCCCCCAGUGCCCAGCACUGGACACACCCUGGCCAGAGCCAGCUGUUUGCAGACCUGAGCCCAGAGGAGCUGACGGCUGUGGUGAGCUUUCUGACCCAGCAGCUGGGGCCAGGCCUGGUGGAUGCAGCCCAGGCCCGCCCCUCGGACAACUGCAUCUUCUCGGUGGAGCUGCAACUGCCCCCCAAGGCAGCAGCCCUGGCCCACCUGGACAGGGGGAGCCCCCCACCUGCCCGGGAGGCCCUGGCCAUCAUCUUCUUUGGCGGACAACCCCAGCCCAACGUGAGUGAGCUGGUGGUGGGACCACUGCCCCACCCUUCCUACCUUCGGGAUGUGACCGUGGAGCGUCACGGGGGCCCCCUGCCCUACCACCGGCGCCCCGUGCUAUUCCGAGAGUACCUGGACAUAGACCACGUGAUCUUCAACAGAGAGCUGCCCCAGGCUGCUGGUCUCCUCCACCACUGCUGCUUCUACAGACGCCAAGGAGGGAACCUGGUGACGAUGACCACGGCCCCCCGGGGUUUGCAGUCAGGGGACCGAGCUACCUGGUUUGGCCUCUACUACAACAUCUCAGGCGCUGGGUUUUACCUGCAUCCCAUAGGGUUGGAGCUGCUGGUAGACCACAAGGCCCUGGACCCUGCCCGCUGGACCAUCCAGAAGGUGUUCUUCCAAGGCCGCUACUACAAGAGCCUGGCUCAGCUGGAGGAGCAGUUUGAGGCUGGCCUGGUGAACAUGGUGCCGAUCCCAGACAAUGGCACGGGUGGGUCCUGGUCCCUGAAGUCCCAGGCGUCCCCAGGUCCGGCUCCCCCUCUGCAGUUCCAUCCCCAGGGCCCCCGCUUCAGUGUCCAGGGGAGUCUAGUGUCCUCCUCCUUGUGGACUUUCUUUUUCGGCCUCGGAGCUUACAGUGGCCCAAGGGUCUUUGACAUCCGCUUCCAGGGAGAACGGCUAGCUUACGAGAUCAGCCUCCAGGAGGCCUUGGCCGUCUACGGUGGAAACUCUCCCGCAGCAAUGCUGACCCGCUACAUCGACGGCAGCUUCGGCAUGGGCAAGUACUCCACGCCCCUGACCCGUGGGGUGGACUGCCCCUACCUGGCCACCUACGUGGACUGGCACUUCCUUCUGGAGUCCCAAGCCCCCAGGACAGUACGAGAUGCCUUUUGUGUGUUUGAACAGAACCAGGGUCUCCCCCUGAGGCGACACCACUCGGAUAUCCACUCCCAUUAUUUUGGGGGCCUCACGGAGACAGUGCUGGUCUUCAGAUCCGUGUCCACCUUGCUCAAUUACGACUACGUGUGGGACAUGGUCUUCCACCCCAACGGAGCCAUAGAGGUCCAGUUCCAUGCCACUGGCUACAUCAGCUCAGCCUUCCUCUUUGGUGCUGGCCGGAGCUACGGGAACCAGGUCCGGGAGCACACACUGGGCACCGCCCACACCCACAGUGCCCACUUCAAGGUGGAUCUGGAUGUAGGAGGACUGGAGAACUGGGUAUGGGCUGAGGACAUGGUCUUUGUCCCCGUGAUGGUGCCCUGGAGCCCAGAGCACCAGCUGCAGAGGCUGCAGGUGACCCGCAAGCUGCUGGAGACAGAGGAGCAGGCCGCCUUCCCCCUGGGAGGUGCCUCCCCUCGCUACCUGUACCUGGCCAGCAACCAGAGCAACAAGUGGGGUCACCCGCGGGGCUACCGCAUCCAGAUCCGCAGUUUUGCUGGGGAGCCGCUGCCCCAGAACAGCUCCAUGGAGAGAGCCAUCAGCUGGGGCAGGUACCAGCUGGCCGUGACCCAGCGGAAGGAGGAGGAGCCCAGCAGCAGCAGCAUCUUCAAUCAGAAUGACCCUUGGGUCCCCACCGUGGACUUCUCGGACUUCAUCGACAACGAGACCAUUGUUGGAAAGGACCUGGUGGCCUGGGUGACAGCCGGUUUCCUGCACAUCCCACAUGCAGAGGACGUUCCCAACACGGUGACUGUGGGGAACGGUGUGGGCUUCUUCCUCCGGCCCUACAACUUCUUUGACCAGGACCCCUCCCUCCAUUCUGCCGACUCCAUCUAUUUCCGGGGGGACCAGGACACUGGGGACUGUGAGGUCAACCCCCUGGCUUGCCUCCCCAAGGCUGCUGGCUGCACCCCUGACCUCCCUGCCUUCUCUCAUGGGGGCUUCUCUCACAGCUAGGUGGACCCCAGGAUGGGGAUCGUGUCCAGGGGCCCCGGGGCCAGGGUCCGUGCAAGCGGUGGGCACUGGGUUGGGCAGACUGGUGCCCUCUUCUCCCUCCUCAACCCCUGAGUUUCCUUCCUGCCCCUCCCCUAAGGUCACCUCCUGUCAUCACCCUCCCUCUCUUCCUCUCUCUGCUGGAAGCAUCCUGAGCCCAUGAUGCUGGCCGUGGGGGAAAGCAGGAGAGACGCAGCUUUGCUGCCACAGGACCUGCUGGGUGUCUGUCCCAGAGAGGAAAUGAAUGGCCAGCCAGGAGCCUGGAGUGAUAGCCAAGCUUUUCCCCAGAAGACCCUCUUUUUUCCUUUCUGGCUUUCCCAGAUAUUUCUAGGCUGUCUCCAGGUCCCUCCUGGCCUCCCCAGUCCCCGCCUUGGGCGAUGGAGACAGGUCUCUGCAGUGGGGGCGGUGUGCGAUGUGUGGACGAGCUGCAAGGGGCUCCUUCGCCCGUGUUCCCUCCUGUGCAAGUUCCCCUCCGGCCUUCCCUCUUCCUCUCGGCCACCACAACCUCCUCCCAUUCUUACUCUUUUAUCCUGGGAUUUUCCUCCCUGGCAUGCAAAUGAGCUAGGGGUUAGUCCCCGGGGAGUUUGGAUUGGGGGCGGAUAUACAAAUAGCCAAACCCCGAGAGAGUUUGCAAAAGACAGAAACGUCUCCCUCCCUGGAGGACUGGUUAAGUACAUUUUGUUACAGUCUUACGAUGUAGUAUUAUGCAGCUAUAAAUAUGUUUAUAUCUUUUUUGUGUAAUAAUAGGAAAUAAUCUUCCAAUGAAAAGGCAAGAUGCAGAAGUAUGCGUGAUACACUUUCCAUUUGUGGUUUAGGAGAGAGGAAAAUAUAAAUAUAGAUUUGCUUAUAAAUGUGUAUUCAGAAGAAAUGAGUAACACUGGUUGCUUCUGGAGAGGGAACUGGGAGGUUGGGGGCUGGGGAGGGAGGGGAUUUGGCACUGUACGCCGUUGUGUACAUUUUGAAUUUUGAACCAUGUGACUGUAUUACCCAUUCAAAUUAAAUAAUAAAUGGGCCUAAACAGGA